CUAAAUAAGAAAAUGAUUGAGUAAACAAAAUGUAUAAUUAAAUAAGUAUUAUACAUAUCAUGUUUUAAAUAAACACACAAGCUACAGCAAGUAUGUCUAAAAUCUGUGCUGAAUGCAUUUGUUAGUUGAAUCGUAGACCAAUAUUAAGAUAUCUGUAUUCUGUGAUGUGAAUUUUUAAAUUUAACGGAGUGACUACGUCAAGUCCAAGAAAGAAAAAUAAGAUCUUAAAGCGUUGUGAAUAAUUGUGAAUACUUUUAUUUAAAAGAGAAGUGAAUAUUUUACCUAAAAGGAAUCAUUCUAAUUUAAUUUAGUUAAAGAUAAGUGAAUAAAUAUGCAAAACAACAAGCUGAAGCUAUGAACCAUCGUUUUAUCAAACAAAAAAUUUAGUAAUAAACAUUAUGCUAUAAUUCCCCGUGAAUAAUUUAAUAACAAGGGCGGUCUCCUUAUCUGAUUAGUUAUCUUAAAAAGUAAAAAAAUGGAUGAAGAGGAAUAUAUUGAAAGUACUUGGUCAUAUUUAUCUUUUUGUGUUGAACCUACCCUCUAUGAAGGGUUAAGAUUUGCAAAAGAUUUACUAAUAGCAAGUGUUGCUUUACGAAUGGCUAUACAAUAUAUUCCCAUGCCUCAUAAUGUUCGUCAUAGCCUGAGCUUCAUUAUUGGGGGCCUACUGUUGUAUCAUAGUAUAGGAUUAGCUAUUAUUUGGAUCUUUGGAUUUACAUUAAGUGUAUAUAUACUUAUUUUAAUUUUAUCAUUGUCUACAAGAAAAAGAGUGAGAGGACCUAUAACUUGUCUGUGUGUUAUAUCAUUUCUGCUCUUGUGUGAGUUACACCUAAUUAACCCGAAGAUGUGGCAACAAAUACGGGGAAUUCAAAUGAUAGCCUCUAUGAAGAUAAUAUCAGUAGCUAUAGAACUGGAUCGAAGUUUAUUUAAGAAAAUGAUAAACCCAGUUGAAUUUUUCGGAUACAUAUUUUGCCCAGCUAACUGUAUGUUGGGUCCAUGGAUAUCAUUCCACUCUUAUGAUCAAUACUUAGGUGUCAAAUUCUUAACAAAGAGAUGGAUUAGAGUAAUCGCAGAAAACAUGGCAAUGGCAUUAAUAUUUUUAAACUUAUCUAAUUGUAUUGUGCCUUGGAUCAUCAGCGAUGAUAGUACCAAGUGGCUUUUAGCAUAUAGAGAUGCUCAGGCCUUUAGGAUGUCUCAUUAUUUUGUAUCAAGCAUGUCUAUGGUUUCUAUGUUGAGUGCUGGUUUUGGGUUGACAAAUGAUUGCCAUUCUGAAAUCCAAAUCACAAAACCUUUAUUUAUUGAGUUACCAAGAUCUUUAGUGCAAGUUGUUAUAUUUUGGAACAUUCCCAUGCACCAAUGGCUCAAGAAUUAUGUAUUUAAAUCAUGUCAUGCCUAUGGACAGUUCUUUGCAAUACUAUCUACAUAUGUUGUAUCAUCACUCCUCCAUGGAUGUAACUUUCAGCUAUCAGCUGUACUAUUAAGUAUAGGAACUUUUUCUUACAUUGAAUAUAAUUUUAGACUUAAAGUAGCAUCUGCAUUAGAAGCAUGUUGCCUAGCAAACCCAUGUACAAAGCAGUGUGAGCAUAAAUAUAAGAAAAAUUGCAUUUUAACAGUGUUUUUAAACACUUUAUUUUCAUUAAUAACUGUCAUACACUUGGCAUAUUUGGGAGUGAUGUUUGAAGCAUCAUUUUCAAUACAAGAAACUGGAUAUUCAUUUUCUCAUACUAUUAGUAAAUGGGAGAAUUUAGAUUUUUUUAACCAUGGCCUAGCUACUUUUUUCUAUGUGAUAUAUUUAAUGAUGUAAGUGAAGUCUCAAAUCCUGUAUGUAAACCCUUUAGAAAAAUACCUGAUUACAUGUGUAGCUGCCUUAUUACAGUAUAAAAAUUAGGUUGACAGUUAAUUAGUCUAUCAUCAAUGCAUAAUAAUCAAAUGCAAAACACCCAGUCCAAUGAAAACAAACCCAAUAAAAAAAAUAUCAGUCUUAUACUGUUAACUUAAACACUGUUCUGUAUCAUUCUGUCACAACUUUUAAAAUACUAUUUAACAGAAAGAGAUUAGCACUACUUUAGUUACAACAGACUGAUUUUGCACUUAUUAAUAAGGGGGUAUAUUUACUUCACCAACCCAAUUUUUCUAGAAUGUUAUAUGAAUAUAAUGUAAAAUGUUCAUUUUUUUUUUAACAAACUUAUAUAUUAAAAACACAAAGUAAUUAUUUGAUGAACUUAUUUAUCAGAAGUAUUAAAUCUUAUAGAAGACAUGCAUAAUUGUUUAAUAAGGUUUUAUAUCAGUAUUAAUACUUGUAAAAUUAAUUUAUAUUUUUUUAUUUUGCAAAAUCAAUAAAAGUAUGUGUAUUAUUUUAUUCAA